GCUCACUCCUGCAGCCAACCGCCUCUUCAAUCAUUUGUACAAUAAUGUGGCAUCGUGGGGGGGGGGAGUUUGAGUUUUUGUUUUUUUUCACCGUCUCCUGAAUCAGAGAGUCGUUUAGAAAUCCCGGAAGUUUGAAGCAUACCUGUUGCACUGUGCCCUGGAGAUCGGGUGCUCAAAUGCCGCUCUGAGGGAGGUAACCGGUUGCUUCGGUUGCGGAAAUUUAAAGUGCAGUUCAGGAUGUUGAGUGAUUCUGAAUGAUUUUGUUUGGUAAUUAGAGAUUUUGAACUGUUUUGCUGCUCUUGCGUUUAGGUGGUAGUGUAUUGACUUGUUCGUGCAACGCUUCGUAGGUGUUGUAGUCGUACUAGUCGUUGGGUUGUGCGAGGAUCUGGGUUUAUGAGGAUCGAUCGCUUGCAUUGGAGAACGAAUGUGGGUUCUCUGUUGUGGGUUACAAAUGCUGAGAGCUUGAAUGUGUAUGGAACAGUGUGAAGUUGGUGACUCCCGACAACGAUUGAAGCAUUGUAGUGGACUUGCCGGAAUCAGGUGCUGGCUGUGAGGUUCGUGAGAGUGGCGGUCUACUUAGGUAUUUUGAUCAGCAUUGGUGGAAGUUUAGUUCAUCAUUUCUUUCCUGUUGUUGUCUCCUCUCCAAAUGAUAUGCUCUAGAGGGUUCUGACUGAAGGGUUGGUCGAAUAGCAGCUAUCGCCCUGGAUUCUAGAUCUUGAGGUAGCGAUCGGUGGAAGGUAAACAUCAGGGACGAUGAAGGGGAAAACCGGAGGAUCACGGGGGCGAGAGCCGCCCCAAUUUGAGAGGGACCCCUUCGGCCUCGGUUUGAGGCAGAAGAUCGUCCCCAUUGUUGAGACCCCGACGAAACGUAGGGGUCGCAACAAUGGUGAAAACGUAGCUUUCGAUGGCACAGCCAACGUGGAGACGCCCCAGACCAAGCCUUCAUGGGCAUCGAAAGGGUCUAGAACUCCUGUCAAAGAUACCGUUGUUCUCAGCCCUGCUCUGGUCGCCAAGGGUCCCAAACCAUCUCCUGCUCGAAAUGUUUUUCCUUCGAACGAACACCCCGAAGCAAAUGCACAGAUCGCCACAGGUGCUGGACCAGAGCAAGAAAAUGGUUCAAAGAGAAAGCUCAGUUGGGAAGCUCACACAGGGCCAAGUGAGGGCGUCGCAAAUCCUUCUUCAGUGGACCCAUCAGAUUCUGGAGUAAAGGUAAUCGUAAGAAUGCGCCCCCUCAAUAAAAAGGAGGCUGCUGAAGAGGCCACAAAUAUAGUGCAAAAAUUAUCUGGUGACUCCCUGUCGCUCGGUGACCAGCAAUUCACAUUCGAUUCUGUGGCAGGUGAAACUGAGUCUCAGGAAGCUGUUUUUGAAAUGGUGGGUCGACCCAUGGUGGAGAACUGCUUGGCUGGAUUCAACAGUUCCAUCUUUGCCUACGGCCAGACAGGAAGCGGUAAAACGCAUACCAUGUGGGGUAUCCUGCCUACUUCAGGGACGGAUGCAAGUGUAACAGAGGAGCGUGGUAUCACACCACGUGUGUUCGAACAGCUGUUUUCCCGCAUCCAGCAGGAAGAGCGGAACAAUGUGGAGAAGCAGCUGCGAUAUCAAUGCCGCUGCUCGUUCCUUGAGAUAUACAACGAACAAAUUACAGAUCUACUGGAGCCGACCCAAAAGAAUCUCCUGAUCAGGGAAGACACGAAGACCGGUGUUUACGUGGAGGGGUUGACGGAAGAGUAUGUGUCGAACAUGGAUGACGUGAUAAGCCUUCUCGUUCGGGGCUCCGCGAAUAGAAGAGUCGGGUCAACAGCGAUGAACAACGAGAGUUCGCGGUCGCACAGCGUGUUUACUUUUGUGAUCGAGUCUCGAUCCAAGAGUGUUGCGGAGGGUGUGAGCAGUGUGAGAACAAGCAGAAUGAACUUGGUAGAUUUGGCGGGCUCGGAAAGACAAAAGCAGACAGGGGCUGCCGGAGAUCGUUUGAAAGAGGCUGGCAACAUCAACAAGUCGUUGUCUCAACUUGGGAACGUGAUCAACAUCUUGGCGGAAGUAGCACAAAGUGGGAAACAUCGUCAUAUCCCGUACCGGAGUUCGAGGCUGACGUUCCUUCUUCAAGAAUCACUGGGCGGCAAUGCGAAGCUUGCGAUGAUAUGUGCCAUCUCUCCAGCCAGCAGUUGUCGGACUGAGACGCUGAGUACACUGAGAUUUGCUCAGAGAGCGAAAGCUAUACAGAACAAAGCAGUAGUGAACGAAGAACUUGGUAACGAUGUGAAUCUGUUGCGUGAACAGAUCCGUCAACUGAAGGAUGAACUCAUGAGGAUGAAAUGCAAUAGUAUUCAGACUGAAGGUUCUGCUGGAGGACUGUCUAGUGGAUGGAAUGCCCGUCGCAGCUACAACCUUCUGAGACUGAGCUUGGGACAGCCCAUGACUAUCGCUCCGAAUGAAAUAAAAGAAACUGACAUGCCGCUCGAAGAGAAGAUUGGUGAGGAUGAUAGCGUGGACGUAAGUGCUGAUGGAAGUUCUGCAUCGGAUGUGGAGGCGAAGGAGCUUUCGAUGAAGACUGAAUUGAACACGGAAGAAACAGCAGAUUGGAGUAGCAAGCUCGGAUCAGUUGAUGGAUCCAGUGAAAAGGAAGAACCCAUAUCCGAAUCAUCUGCGCAGCCGGAAUUGCAAGAACCGACUUCUAACCUUGUCGCGCCUACCAUGAGUGUUUCUCCUAGGGUGAAGGAGGGGAAGAAAGAAGAGUUUGGGGUUGGCAUCACUUUUGGAUUGCCGAAAUCCCCUCUUGGAUUGCGUAGCAGCAAGGCGUUCUCAUCUUCCACGGAUCAGCUGGCUGCCAGUCUUAAUCGUGGCGUUGAAAUUCUUGAGAACCAGCGCCGACAGUCACUAUCACGACAAUCCAGAAGGUUUUCGGGAAUGCGGUUUUCUUUUCAGAAUGGUGAAUCUCCAAGUUCACCGAAGCGCGAAUCGCCUGUACGGAUUAGGAAUAACGGCCUUGGCAAUUCAACUUCAGUUCCAGGAACUGGUGAAUUUCCGUGUCCUUCUGAGCACGAAGAUAUGGUGGUCAUGUCACAUUCAAUAAUGUUGGGAUCUCCUUCCCCGGGGGAGCUUUCUCCAUUGCCUGAAAUCACUCAGGAGGACUGGAAGAUUGCGCCAUAUACUCCACCUCCUCAAACGCAACAUGCUCAGAACACAGAGGCGCUUUUGGCAGGGGCUCUAAGAAGAGAAAAAAUUGCUGAAGAGACUAUUGCACAACAAGCUGCGGACUUGGAGCAACUCACUCGUCUGGUGAGGCAAUACAAGGUGGAGAGGGAGUGUAAUGCCAUCAUACAGCAAAGCCGGGAGGAGAAAAUUGCCCGAAUGGAAUCUUUAGUGGAUGGUGUCCUUCCUAAAGAAGAUUACUACACUGACGAAUUGGCAGCUCUCCAGCUUGAGUACAAGAUGUUACAAGAGAAGUUUAUCCACCACCCGGAGCUGGCUGCAGCUAAAGCUGAACAAGAUCUGCUUAGGCAUGAGCUUCAUCGUUGCAAAGUUUUAUGUGACCUUGAUGAGCGUGAAAAUCUUCAACAAGACAUUUUGCAGCUAAGGAACCAGGUGCAUCAUUAUAUUGAGCACGGAGCUCCUGGCUCUAUGAAGCAACGUCAUCCUUCUCUGACGUCAACGCAUGGCGCUCGACUUUCUUAUAGCCCAGUUAAGGCCAUGUCUUUAACAGCUGUGCCUGAGACAAUGCCUUCAUGUGAAUCUGCAUUGUCCAUGCACGUAGAUGAUCAACCUCCAGCGUCAAUCGCGGAGGAACAUGUUGCUGAUAUUUUGGAGCAAGAGCGGCGGAAAUGGGACGAGAGAGAGAUAGAACUGGUUACGAUGGUUCAAGGACUAAGAGAAGAAUGUGACCAUCACAUGAUGUUGGCAGAGAAGAGGCGCAAGGAGCUUGAAGGCGAAAAGAGGUGUACCCAGGAGAUGCACGAAGCUCUUCAAAUGGCUAUAACAGGUCACGCUCGCAUUUUGGAUCAGUAUGCUGAGCUACAGGAGAAGCAUAUUCUCCUUUUGGCUAACAUCCGCAAGAUUCGUGACAGUGUUGUUGAAUAUAAGAAGGAGGGGAAGAGUUCCGGAUUGAUCUGUGUUGAGGAACAAUGGUUCAGUAUUCAAGCCUCACAGAUUGCAUACUAUAAAGUUGAGCAAGAGCGUUUGAAAGAGCACAUUAGGGAACUGCAAGCUCAGCUUGAUGACACUGCUGAUGCUGUGCAAGCUGCUGGGGAGCUAGUUGUACGAUUGAAGGAGUCAGAGCGAGCUGCAAACUUGGCUACGGAAAUUGCGCCAGAAAUCAACUCCGAUUAUAACGCUUGUAGAAACCUUAAUGGAGAUGUCGAGUAUCCAAUUGCCGCAUGACGAUUUCGCCGAGCAUGAUUGCAGUUUCGGUGACGACUGCUGCCAUAACAAUGGCAGUCUUUCCAGUUGCUCAGGCUGCAAGUCAUUUCGUGGUGGCUUGGGCGUUCUGGCCUAUAAUCACUACCACUGUAUCAGGAUUCUUCAACAACGUGCUUUAUAAGAAGGCAGGCUGUAACUUCAUUCUUUCUGUCCUUAUUCCAAUUCUUUACUCACAUUGAUCACUAAAUGGACCCAGCCAGUACUUGCGAGGAAGAAACAGAUUCUAACUUCAGGGAGCAUAUGUAUCUCAAAGACGUCGCCUGGUGGGUAAAAGUCGAAUACUCUAUCCAAGACAACUAUAAAAAGUAGACUGCAACCUUUUGCCGUGCUUUUCCUGUGACUUUCAUUAAGUGUAAUUGCUCUAGUUGAAGUUUGUAUCAUAGUCAUUCCUUAGACAAGUUAGCGACUUGCUAGCACCUUGUAUAUAGUAAACAGACAGUAAACCAUCUAAUCCCAUCUUCGGCAGCUAUAGAGUAAGCACCACAACCUAGGAGCUAUGCACUAGUGCAUAUAUAUAUCCGAUGCGAUUUUGAUGAGGGGAAACUCCCAGGAUACGGUCGACCGUGCCAAGGAAUCCAGACAUAGCGAUGGGCGCCCAGACAGCUUUUACAGGCACCUGCUCAUUUCUAGCGAAUGUAUGCAGCACAAGCGCCUUGGGCAGACAUAAUGUUUUAGAAACUACACAUACUCAGAUGGGUUUUUUGCUCUCAUAUCCAUAUAUUUCCUUGUUAAA